AUGAGCGACGAGGACGACGAGGAGGAGGAUGCGCGACGGAUGCGAAAUUUAAACUUGGACGAGGCGUUCGAACCGGUGACGAGCCCGGUGAUGCGACUGAAGCGCGCGUGGGUGCGCGAAAGGUUGGCGCCGGAGAUGAUGACGCGAGAGGACGCGCUCGUGGAGGCGGUGAAGACGGCGGUGGAGGCGCAGGAGCGAGCGCUGACGCGAAGGGCGGAGACGCGCGCGGAGCGAGGCGGAGGCGCGGAGGACGCGAGCGAAAAGUUGAUGGAUAACGUCAUGUGGGUCGAGGUGAAUCGGAUCAAAUAUUUGUUGAGGGAGUACGCGCGGACGAGGCUGCGGAAGAUUGAGGCGCACGCGUUUUAUUUCUUACGGACGGAGGAGGGGCAAGAGCGGUUGAGCGAGCGGUUGAGCGAGGCGGAGCAAAAGUACGUCCGCAAGUACGCGAUCGCCGUGUCGGAACAUUACGAGAACGUUUUGAAGGAACUACCCGACGGUUAUCGCGACGCCGUGAAGGAGUUCGCCACGAAGUUCGCCACGGACGAGGAGGAGGGGUCGGCGAUGAUUUCCAAGCCGAAGACGGAUUCGUUUGUGUUUUUUCGUUUUCGCGAAGACGUCGUGAAUUUCGUGACGGGCGAAGACGACGACGGCAACACAGAUUCCGUCGACUUGAAGCGCGGCGCGAUUCUUUUGGCCAAGUACUCCAUGUUCAAAGAUCUCCUCCACACCGAUCCGCCCAAGGCUGAACUCGUGUGA